GCUUCCCCCGCUCCCCCCCCCCCACCUUUCUUCUCUCUCUCCUCCCCCUUCCCUCUUCUUUCAGGCAAGCUCUCUCCCUCUUCAAUACUGGACGGAUGUUUUGUGCUGAUUUACAAUGACAGAACCUUCCAAGGUCAUUCACGUCCGAAACGUGGGGCAUGAAGUAUCCGAAAAUGAUUUGCUUACACUAUUUCAGCCUUUUGGAGUGAUAACAAAACUGGUGAUGCUGCGUGCAAAAAAUCAGGCUCUUCUCCAAAUGCAAGAUAUUGCUUCUGCAGUUAAUGCUUUACAGUUUUAUUCUAAUGUUCAGCCAAGCGUAAGGGGGAGGAAUGUUUAUAUCCAAUUUUCCUCACAUCAAGAACUAACUACUGUUGAUCAAAGUCAAGGACGAGGAGAUGAGCCAAAUCGAAUUCUCUUGGUCACAAUUCAUCACAUGCUCUAUCCUAUAACGGUGGAUGUUCUGAAUCAAGUGUUUUCUCCGCAUGGAUAUGUUGAAAAAGUUGUGACAUUUCAGAAAUCAGCUGGCUUUCAGGCUCUGGUUCAGUAUCAAACACGUCAGAGUGCUGUGGUAGCUAGAAGCACACUUCAGGGGCGUAAUAUUUAUGAUGGUUGCUGUCAGCUGGACAUUCAGUUCUCAAACCUUGAUGAAUUACAAGUGAACUACAACAAUGAUCGUUCAAGGGACUUCACAAACCCAAACCUUCCUUCUGAGCAGAAAGGAAGAUCUUCACAACCUGGGUAUGGUGAUGCAGGAGGCAUGUAUGCUGUUCAAGGUUCUGGAGCAAGGGCAGUUGGGUUUUCCCAGAUGGCUAAUGCUGCAGCCAUUGCAGCUGCCUUUGGGAACGGUUUGCCUCCUGGAAUUACUGGGACAAAUGAGAGGUGUACAAUUCUGGUCUCAAAUCUUAAUCCUGAUAGAAUAGAUGAGGAUAAACUCUUCAACUUGUUCUCCCUUUAUGGCAACAUUGUGAGAAUUAAACUUUUGCGAAAUAAACCAGAUCAUGCACUUAUCCAGAUGGGGGAUGGAUUCCAGGCUGAAUUGGCAGUACACUUCCUGAAGGGUGCCAUGCUAUUCGGGAAGCAAUUAGAGGUCAACUUUUCAAAGCAUCCAAUCAUAACCCAAGGUCCUGACACACACGAGUACGUAAAUUCAAAUCUCAAUCGUUUCAAUCGUAAUGCUGCAAAAAACUACCGGUAUUGCUGCUCCCCAACAAGGAUGAUCCACUUGUCCACUCUCCCUCAAGACGUCACAGAAGAGGAGAUUGUGAACUUGGUGGAGGAGCAUGGGACUAUUGUGAACAGCAAAGUCUUUGAGAUGAAUGGGAAAAAGCAGGCUCUGGUUCAGUUUGAGACUGAAGAACAGGCUACUGAAGCACUUGUCUGCAAGCAUGCAACCUCACUUUCUGGCUCGAUAAUUCGGAUUUCCUUUUCACAGCUACAGAACAUAUGACCAAUUUCAUGCAAAUCAAGGGCAAGUGUUGUUUGCCAUAGUGUAGGGAGAAAACAAAGACUUGGAAUUUGGGGAAGAUAAUUUAUAUGCAGAUGAUGGUCAUCUUUUUCCUGUAUGGUCGCUUUGCUUUCUUUUCAACUUGUAAGACCUGCACUUCGAUUUUUUCUCCUUUUUUCUCCUAUUUAUUUGCCUUCUCUUCAUUAAUGCCUCUACUAGUUCUUAUAGGUUGCUUGCUAACAUCAUAGUGUAGGGGUUAGAUUUGUGGUUGCAAGUAGAAAUGGGAAAUCAUUACGUCCUUCAAGUUGAAGGAUUGGAUUUUCAAUUUUGUUUUGUUUUUUUUUUUCUCGGUUGAAAUCUGUGCUGUAUAUGUUCCUAUAAUUCUGGAUAAUCGGGCCAUUCUGUUUGUAUUCUCAAUCCAUAACAUUUAUUUUAAUUUUUAA